GCCUACGCAAUCACAGCUGGGAGGGGCCAAGGAAAUUCUGGUGGGGCCACACCCACUAGUGAAAGUAUAAAUAGUGAGAUUUGGCGUCGGCCAUUAGAGCCACCCCUAUCCCCACCAUGAAGUUCAGCAGCCUCUCUCCCCUCGUGCUUCUUGCCCUGGGAACCCUGGCACCUUGGGCUGUGGAAGGUGAUAGAAACACUUCGAAAGCUGGAGCCUGCCCUCAUAUAAUACCUGCCCAGUGCCUCAGAUAUGAGGAGCCCGAGUGCCAGAGUGACUGGCAGUGUCCAGGGAAGAAGAAAUGUUGCCAGGAUGUUUGUGGAAUCAAAUGCCUGGACCCCGUUAACAUCUCGAACCCAGUUGAGAAGAAGCCCGGGAAGUGUCCAGUGGUCUAUGGCCAAUGUCGGAUGCUUAACCCCCACAAUUACUGUGAAACAGACAGCCAGUGCCUGGGUAACCUCAAGUGCUGCAGGGGCAUGUGUGGGAAAGCCUGCAUUUCCCCUGUGAGAGGGGAAGCAGCUGGAGAUGAUUUGGCUGGUUCUGCACUGAAGCUCUGAUCUGAUUUUCUCUCACAGCCUGAUUCCUGCCGUUUGGAAGAGGCUCUGGAUCCCUACUCUGUGUGGUCCGAGAAUUCCCUUUCUGCUCCCAGACCUGGAUCCCUGGGGCACUUCACCGUGAAGACUUGGUUCUACCAUCAAUAUCUCCUUUGGGGAAAGGCUCGGCACACAGUAGGCUUUCAGGAAAUGCCUGUGGAUUGGUGAAUAAAUAAAUGAGCAUAUUUCUCUCUGUGCAUCCUGCUUCUGUGGUUCACUAGGGGGUCUGAGGUGGGUGGGAGGUGAUGAGGGAAUGUCUGGAUGUGAGGCCUCCCUCCUACAGAUACGGAAGGGAAGGAAGAGGCUUAGGGGCUGGACAGACAUGAAUUUACUUCAUGAAUCUGAAAAUAUUGGCUCGUGAUUUUGGACAAGUGACUUUGUCUCCUAAAUCUCAAUUCUUUAUCUGCAAAGUGGCAAUAAAAAUCACUUUCUUACAGUGUUUGGA